AUGAGACGCUUGGCAGAUGCUAGUCAAUAUAAAAUAUACCCAUCGAUUAUUCCUAGAAACGAGCUGCCUUUAAGAAAAAUCUUAUUGACCACGAGAUUAUGGAAUCAUGUACGCAGACAGCAAGCGUUGAUACCCUCUGAUGACUGGUUAUUUGAUCAGCAACAACAAGAAGCACUCUUCAUGUUUAACAGCAGUGAGAAUAAUAUACCCAGCGAAGAGAAUAAACUCGCUACCAUAGCAACCACAAAUAACAGUGAUUGGACUUGGUUUAACGAGGAGCAACGGGAACAAACGAAGGAACAAGUCCUUUUAGACUCGAUAAAUAAUACUAGCCAAGACGAAAAAGAACAACCAAACAACAACCAUCAUAACACUCAUACCCAACAACAACAGUUGCUGCUAAUCAAAUCGACGACUAAUUUGUUAUCUCAUGAUACAUUAACAAUAGAAAGAAAACGUUCUUUUGAAGACUCCGAUGAAUCAACCAAAAAGCAGCAGAAACUCAACUACCAUCAUCAUCAUUAUUCAAUCGAUUCCCCGGCUUCACCGGCUGGUCCGGCUUCUUCCCCAUCUUCUCCAAGUAGCCCUGCAGUCUUAUUAAGCGCAUAA